UUUCGCGUUUUGUUGGUUGCCUACUCCCCCUUCCAAUUGCGCAAUUGCCAACCUUACGAGAUAAAUUCAAUAAAAAAUGACACAUCCAAAAUGGCCGGCAAAUUGUUUAUAUUUACAUUUACCAUAAACAGUUUUAAAUAGACUGUGAUAAAAUGGUGUGUAGGAAAAGCAGCACGUUUGAAAGAGGUGCCCCAAUGUUGUGAUACUUUUCAUUUUGGAGUGGAAGAACAUGUGUAGUCCACUUAUCGCAAGAAGUAUACUAUUAUUAUCAAUUAUUAUCGUUAGUGCCAACGAGGGUUUGUGCCCCAGUAAGUGUGUUUGUCGGAGAAUAAAUCAGCGCGAUGAAAUCAAACUGCGAUGUGGCGAAGGCAACAGUAAAAUUAACAGUCUCGAAGAAAUCGAUAUUUUGAAUAUAGCAAACGACGUGGUUCAGUUCAAUUUGUCUAACAAUCUCUUGGAUACGUUUUUCCCGAAAGUGCAACUGAUUGCUUUGCAGAAACUUGAUUUGAGUGGAAAUAGGUUGACAGAGCUUCAGAACAAUCAGUUUUCUGAGUUGCCAAAUCUACGCAGGCUGGACGUUUCAAAUAAUAAUAUUAAGAGUAUAGAAUUGUUGGCUUUUGCAAAAUUAGGGAGUUUGGAAAAGUUGAAGCUGAAUCAGAACCAGAUCAGUACGAUUGCGCUGGGAACAUUUAACCCACUAGUGAGCCUAAAACAACUAGACAUAUCAAUCAACCCUCUCACAUGUGACUGCAGCCUACUAUGGCUACUAGGUUGGAGUCAGAAAAAAUCCGUCAAACUCGUCUCGAACCCCACCUGCAACACCCCUCCAUCAUUCAAAGGCCUUUUGCUCCGCAAACUAAAAGUCGGAGUUGACAUCCACUGCAAAUCUCCGGCCUUAAACAACGGCUUCCCCAUAAUCGAGAUGAAACCUCAGGUCAAUCAAGUGGUUUUUGCAGGCGACUCGCUGACCCUCCAAUGCACGGCCCCCAGUAUCUCCGACUCCUACGAUUCUCCAAUGCGGUCAAAAAUCGAGUGGAUAUGGCUAGACGCUGACCCCAAAAUGUACUUCGCGGACAUUGCCAUCCAAGAUCAGUUUCUACAAAGCACCGGAUUGGUGGCUAGCACUCUACGAAUAUCGAAACUCACGAGAAACCACACAGGAAUCUGGAAUUGUUUGCUUGUGUCGGUACAAGGAAACUAUUCCAAAGGAAUCAUGGUUGUGGUUAUCUCGGACGACACGGAGUACUGCCCCAUCACGGUCACAACUGACAAUAAAGGCUCGUACACGUGGCCUAGGACCGUCGUUAACUACACGGCAACCGUGCCGUGCCAAUCCGUGAAUUUAAACUACGACGUGACGGUGCAGAAGGCGUCCUUUUUUUGUUCAGAGGAGGGUCAGUGGGAGAAUUUGAACACGUCGAUGUGUUCGUAUACGUCCGAAACGACGAAGAUUUUCGAGCAGUUUUCGAAGGUGAAUUCGAGUAUCGCGGAAAGUGCCAAACAUUUUAGGAAUUAUACGUCCACGCCGGCGCACUUUAGGGAUGUCAUGGAUGUGGUUUUUGCCGUUGAAACGAUGGAGAAUUAUUUGAAGUAUCUCACUGUUAAUCAGAUUGGGGGAGUGCUGAUGGACGUUAUUAACAAUUUGUUGCAACUGCCCAAGGGGUAUCUGAGGCGAGCUAAUUAUGGGUACCGCAGUUGCGAUAAAUUGGUUAAUAUGACGGAACAGUUGUCUGGGAUUGGUUCGACGUCGCUUCUGCAUAAGUCCAACAUCGCCAUCGAAAUGUUCCCCGUAAAAAAGCACGCCUUUUCCAACCUAAGAUGUACCUGGUAUGUAGACGUGUCGAAAAAAACAGAGCAUCUAUUUUAUUGCGUAGCUGAUAGCCAAAACGACAUAACAGAACUACCUGGUAAAACUAUAGAAGCCUCAAUCACAAUACCCGAAACUUUAUUCGAGCAACUCGAGGACCAAGAAUACGUAUUACCUGAUAAAAUAUACAACGUGUUAAUCGCAAUGUACUCAAGCAACAAAUUCUUCCCAAUCGACUCGGCUCGCGAAGACAAGGAAGACGUCAUCUCCGCAGUAGUCGGAGUCAAGUUAGCAGACUUCAACGUAAGUAACUUAACAGACCCGGUUUUCGUAAUGCUAAAGGUACCAGAGAUGUUGGAAGGAGCGGCUCCGGUUCCCGUGUGGUGGGACUCACACUUGAACACGUGGUCGUCGGAAGGUUGCCAGUUCAGCCACGAGUACCAAGAACACGUGGUGUUCUAUUGCCACAACUUUGGCUACUACGGGCUUUUGCACGACGUGGCAACCCUGCGACACACCUACUCGGGCGCCAGAUUUAAACUGUCACAUCCGGCUAUCUACGUAGGGAGUAUCAUCCUUUUCGCGUCUCUUCUGGUGGUGAUUUUAACGUACCUCUUCUCCUAUCACUCGAUUCAGAUGCCAAAGAAAGCGAAACACUCUUUGAUUAAUUUGUGGGUGGCGGUGUGUCUCUUGUGUUUUUUCUACGUCUUCGGGAUCUACCAAACCGAGGAUUUACGUAUCUGCGAGAUCGUGGGGAUGAUUUUGCACUACUUCACCCUAUCGUCGGUGCUGUGGAUGUGCGUAGGGGUUAACUGUAUGUACAAAAGGUUGAGUAAGAGCGACGUUAUGGAGCUACAAGACGAUGACCUGCCGUCCGAACAACCCAUCAAGAAACCCAUUCUGGGGUUGUAUUUCGUGGGUUGGGGGGUGGCGAUCAUCGUCUGUGGCAUCUCCGCCGCCAUCAACGUCAAAGAUUACGCUUCUCCGAGUUACUGUUUUCUCAGAAUGGGACCACCAAUGAGCGCGCUUUAUGUCCCCGUCGCCAUUUUGUUAAUCUUCCUAGGGAUUUUUUUCCUGUUGGUGCGUUGUUCGAUCUCCAGCAUCGACGCCAACGGUCACUUGAGCGAAGGUACCCAAGCUACCGAAAACGUCGACUUGGAUUUGCUAGAACCCAACUUCCCUAUUCCGGAGACCAGGAGCGUCUUGAGCGCGUCUUCCAAAACCGCGUCGAGCGAAGUCGAAGACCAAGAGCAUGCGCCUUCGGCGCAACUCAAAGCCUACGUUAUUUUUCUCGUUUUGUAUGGCUUGGCGUGGGUGAGUUGCGCUUUUGCCACUAUAGAGCCGUACGGUUUCGUGUCUUUUGAAAGCGACAUCUUCAGUAUAGCUUACGCGGUUUUUUCGACUGUUUUGAGCGCGUUCACUAUUUUCUUCUACUGCGUUGCGCGGAGUGACGUCAGGGGUCAGUGGGUGUUGUUCAGUCGGUGCGUUCGAAGGAAACAGUGUUUUCGGACGCGGAAUGUUUCAGACGCCACACAAAACGUACCACAUAUUCAGAUCCAGCCGCCGGUUAGUAAUUCGUUGGUGGCUGAGCUGCAAGUCACUUCUAGGUCUAGUAGUAGAUCGUCGAGUCGGACUAAGUCGAAUUCGCACACGAGUAAUAUACUUAAGUCGGCGGCGGAUUUGAACGGGCCGCCGUAUGUAGAGUCCCAGGGAAAAAUCAACAACGUCAAUUUGAUUAUGUUGCAUAGGCAACAGUAUAGGAGUAGUGUGAUACCGAAUAUUAUUGAAAACCCGACGAGUGCGGCGGAGGUGUUUUAUAACCCUCAUCAGAGUAUAGUGGCACGGAAAUUCUUCAAGAGACAGAAGCGGCACAUGAUGAAACGGAACAACUUGGUGCCGCGUCAGCGCGAUAGCGAUAGUACUUCAGUUCUGUCGGAAUUGAAAAAAGUCAAAGACAAUUCGAGCAUGGAUCAGAGUAUUUUCGGCACGAGCUCGAAAGUGAACAACACGAACAUACACGUCGAGCAUGCGCACAGGAAACAACAGAAGAACCCUAAUAUAUUUUCGGAUAGCGCUGACGACUACGACUGCCCGGAUAUCUCGGUACAGAAUAUAGUUUUGAGCGCGGAGAGAUUCCGGAAGAAGGAAAGCUCGAAACAUAAGAAGAAAAAGUGCAAUGUGGGGUAUAAAUCGCCCGAGAACAACAUGAGGUCGGUUUCGCAACAAUGUACUUUGGAGUAUAGUUCGGAGAACAUCUCGGAUUCGAUUCUGGAUAAGAGUCCAGAUCAUGCGUCUCCCGUGACGGAUUUGUUGAAGAAAGAUGAGCCCGAGUCAGUUCCUAGGAUAUACGUCAAUCCAUCACACGAUCUGCAUAAAGGAGUACAAAGUAGAGCUAGUAGUGUAAAUGAUUUAGAUGAUUUAUAUCAACAGAUAAGAAGAGGUCCAAAAGAUGCAACGUCUCAAUCACGGUCUUUUGUAAAUAGCUUUAGCCUCACUCGAAAUAGUCCGUGUUUCUCUGAUUCCGAUAUUAAUUCCUACGUUACCGACCAUACGUACAGACAUCGAACUUGCAACAGUAAUACAAGUUUAAACGACGAUGUCGAGACGACUGUUUAAUUUGAGAUUAUUUAUUGAGAUUUUUGUAUAGUAUUUUUUUAAUAGGGUUUAGUUUAAGUCGGUUUUCGAUGAUUUUCAUGUCAAUUGUGAGGAAACUGUGUCCAUAUUGUAAAAGGUAGGCGCGGCUUAGGGAAGACCAAACGUAACUGUCGGAAUAAAACUUUCUUGGUUGUACCAAAUACGAAUACUCAUUUAGUUGCGUCUGGAGCUCUCUACAGUCGUUUUUUGCACUAUUUAUAAAAAGUUGUGUAUUUAGCAACUUUGAAUAUUUUUUGUAAAUAUUCGGCUCCAUACGAUGUGUUCUUUAAUUUUAUCUUCUCUGAUUGUUAGGGGUCGUGUUUGGGGUGCAAUUCGGGCCAGAACUUAUCGACUUAUUAUUAUCAAAUUAAAAACAAGUUUUCUAAGUUGACGGGCUAAAACUGUGCCCCGAAUGCAAUUUCUACUUGUAAAUUGCCCCAGAGAUGCUCAAUUGUAACGGCAUACGUUGUACUUUGUGUGCUUUGUUUUAACAGUGUGUACUUAGCUAAAAAUACUUUAUUGUAUAACAUAUAUUUUUUGUAUGCGAUUUAUGGAUAUUAUACAUCGAAACGUGCAUUAUUAGUACAAUUAAGAGUAUUUAUUUCUAUGAAGUGUAGCCUAUAAUUAAGCUAAUCGUGUGCACUUUUGAUUAGGAUCAGAACUGAUACGAAGGUUUCUGUGUAAGUUGGGUUAUACACGAAUCUUCCGCCAUUGGAGUUUUACGUUUUUAUGUCUCGCCUGAGUGCGAGCCGUAUCCUGUGAUAUAGUAAUUACGUUCAGUAGAACUCUUCGUUUUUAAACGGUUUUAAUUUAUAGACAAACUACAUGUUAUAGAGCUUACCGAGCUUUUGUAAUGUACUUGCCAGGUUGAGUAAUUUUCUUGCGCAUGCAUUGAGAUUAUGUCAUUUGAUGUUGACGCAAAGGCAGUCUGUUGUAAGUAUUAAAUGAAAGAGUACAAUAUGUACAAUAUUUUAAAGACUGUUAGGUAUUAAAAUGAUAUACAAAUGCUGAAAAUACUGUUUGUUAAUAAUAUUAUCUCUUUGUGUAAAUGAUUAUUGUAUUCGAUGAUUGAAA